AUGUUCUCGGCCUCCUUGCCUUCACAACUUCAAAAGUUGCUUUUACUUCCCUCCAUUUUAGCAUCAUUAGUUACUAUUUUAAGUGCUAGUGUUGGUGUUGAUACCCACUAUUUGCGUUUCAAUGACAAUCAUCAAUAUUGGAGGCAUGAGGUUGAUGAAGUAGGGGGGUUGGGGAUGGUUGGCAGAAACGGAAACCAGUUUGUUGUAGGAGGGCAACCUUUCUAUGUGAAUGGGUUCAACACAUACUGGCUUAUGGCUCUUGCAGUUGAUCUGUCAAUGAGGGUGAAGGUCACUGAGACUUUUGAGGAUGCCGAGACCGUUGGUCUUACUGUCGCUCGAACUUGGGCCUUCAGUGAUGGCGGACCUGGAGCGCUGCAGAUAUCUCCUUCUAUUUAUGAUGAAAAUGUUUUUAAGGCGCUUGAUUUCGUGGUUAGUGAAGCGAAGAAGCAUAAUAUUAGGUUAAUAUUAUCCUUAACAAACAAUUGGAAAGAUUAUGGAGGAAAGGCACAGUAUGUGAAGUGGGGAAGAGCUGCAGGUUUGAAUCUUACUUCUGAUGAUGACUUCUUCACUGAUCCCACUGUCAAAGGCUACUACAAAAAUCAUAUCAAGACGAUUCUCAACAGAAUCAACACCAUCAGCAACACCCCAUACAAAGAAGACCCAACAAUCUUUGCAUGGGAACUCAUGAACGAACCUCGCUGCCCGACAGAUCCCUCCGGCAACACUCUACAGUCAUGGAUAGAAGAAAUGGCAAUGUAUGUAAAAUCGAUUGACCCGAAGCACCUGCUGGAGGUGGGACUCGAAGGCUUCUACGGACACUCGACGCCCAAUCGUCUUCAACUCAAUCCCAACGCCUUCGCCGGCGAAGUCGGCACUGAUUUCAUCCGCAACCACCGAGCUCCAGCGGUCGACUUUGCCACAGCUCACAUCUACCCGGACGCUUGGCUAUCGAAUUCGAUCCCGGACGAGCACCUCCAGUUCACCAAUUCAUGGAUGAAAAGCCACAUCGAUGAUGCAGAGAACGCGCUCGGAAUGCCGGUGUUGUUCACCGAGUACGGCGAAUCGGCGAAAGACGAGAACUUUAGUGUGAGUUUCAGAGAUGAGUUCAUUGAUGCGGUUUAUAAGAACAUUCUGAACUCCACCAGGAGAGGAGGAGGAGGAGGAGGUUGUCUUCUAUGGCAGCUUUUUCCUCGAGGAACAGAUUAUAUGGAUGAUGGUUAUGCAGUUGUGGUUACAGAAUCUAAAUCUACAGAAAAUGUUUUAUCGAUUCAGUCGAGGAGAUUACGGAUGUUUAAUUCAAGGUGUUCAUGGAGGCGCAGUUGGAGUUGCAGAAGAAAUUAGGGUUUUGGUGGAAGUUUUUAAGUGCUAUUUCAGUACUGUAAUAUAUAUUUAUGGAUGGAUUGUUUUAAUUAUAUGUAAAUAUAUAAAUAAAUAUA